AUGUUCAAUUCAUUGAAAAGGUGGGUGCAAGAUGUGGCGGUCGAUCUUAAUCCAUCGCUACCACCGUUAACAUCAUCAACAGCGGCAACGUCAUCACCUUCAUCUCCAUUGUUACUACCGUCACUUUCAAGGCAAGGAACAGGCACACAACAGUAUUCACGUUCGCUAACACCGUCGAAUGAACACUUUACAAUAAAUCCAUCAUCAGCAUCGACGAUGGGUCUCACGAGACCAAUAUCCAUGGAUAAUAUGCGUGGUUCCAAAGUGACGAAUGCAUUUGUACCACCACCACCAGCAUCGCCUGCAGAACUCGAUCUAAGUCAUCUGAAUCGUGAAGAACAAGAACAUAUCGCUAAUGUUCUCAGACGAGCAAGAGCUGUCGACGAACAACAAGUAUCAGUUCCACCGGUCGUUGUCCAUACAAUUCAAUCGCCAUCGGCGUCAAUAGUCUCGGCAUCAUUAUCGCCGUCGGCAUCAUCCUCGUCUUCCAAGUCGACAAGUAGUUUUAGCAGUGACAGAGCGGAAAAAUAUAUAAAGAACGAUAAAAAUGAUAAUAUCGAUGAUCCUGAUAUCAGAUAUAACGAUGAAGAGCAUUCUUCGUCGCCGUCGUUAGAAUCAACAAUCAUAAAUAUUCACCGAUGUCAAGUGUGCAAUAAAGAGCAACAACAGAAACUGGAAGAAAAUGUGCCGAUUUGUCUUCAGUGUCAAAUCGAUGAAGAAAUUGCUCAAACAAUGCAGAACAAUACCAUUCCUCACACGUCGAUAAGAAAAUCAUCAUCUCCUGUCCAAAUAGAGCUGAAUGAGAAUGACGAAGAUAAACUCUACGAUAACGUCAUGAGAAUUGAUCAGGAAUCAAUAAAACCAGAUUCGCCGACAGAAGAAUAUGCAUCUCAUCUAGAAGUUUCUCAUUAUAUUGACAAAAUGAAUGAUAAUCAAGGCGAAAAUGAAGAGGAAGAAGAAAGGAACGAUGACGAGGAACAACAACAAUGUCAAUUAGUAAGUCUUGAAUCGUCAUUUCCCGUGAAAACGCGAUCAAAUAAUCUGACAGAAAUCGAUGAGAACGAUUUCUUUUAUCAAGGACCAAGUCCUUACAUUGCUGCAAUUGAUAAUAAUCAAAUGCUCGACAAAAUCGAACAGCCAUCUCCGCCAACAUAUAAAAUCGAUGAAUAUGUCGACGAAGAGGAUAAUGAUGAACGCGAUCAUGUUAAAGAACUUGAAGAAACAAUCGCAAAUCUCUCUCGACAUCUGCCCGUAUCACCAACACAAGUAAACGAGAUGAAAAAUCAAGCAAUGAUCACAAAUUUACGUCAACCAACAAACUUAUCUGGCAGUAAUAUCGAUAUUGAUUCGAUUCUUGAGAUGGAAAUUGAAUCACCAUCUGCCGAUGAUCAGUUUAUUCAAUCUUCUUCAGUCUCUCGAUCUUGUGCAGAAGCUUCUCAACAUCCUCUCAAUGUUCCCAUUACUGUACCGAUAUCAUUUAAUAAUAGUCGUCGAAUAAGUCUUAGUCGUUCAUCCGGUGUACGAGAAAAUCUAACUGAUUUAUUAUUGACAACCGCAACAACGACAGCAUCGUCGUCGUUCUCAUCUUCGUCCUCGUCAACAUCGUCAACAACAACGGUACUACCAACACAAGAAUCCUCUUGUGACGAUCACCGACCAUUGCAGCGAACAGCAUCCACGUAUGGAAAGCGUAUGAUGCUGCCAACACAUCGACAAAAACGCAAUCUACCAUCUGUUCCCACAAUUACAAAUAGCUUACAAUUACGUCGCGUCAACUCCGAAUCUCGUUUCAGUCUUCCAGCUGCCCCACCUUCAAUUCUUAUUACUAAUGGUAAUCUCGAUGAUGAAAGUGAUCUGUUAGAAAUUGAUCUCAAUGAUCCCAUUGGUUCAAUGAAUAGAACAGAACAUUUGAAAACAGGAACGAAUUCAACUAUGAAUAGUAAUCCGUCGGAUUAUAAUCUAGUGACAUUAACUACAAAUGAUCAAUCUUCAUCCAUGGAGGAAAUUAUUAUCAGAAAAAAGCCAGCGAAACAGCUACGAGACCAAACAACAAACACACCACCAAUGUCAACUCUAUCGUCUUCAUUUAAAACGAAAAAGAAACUGAAAAAGAAAGGUUCAUCGUCACCUAGUAAUACCAACGGUCAUCAUAUCAACACUACGCAUGCCAGUGAUCAAAUAUCGUCCACACGAGCAAAUCCACCUGCAAGUUUAAUAACUCCAACUACGACAAAUAUCACUCGUCCAAAAUUACAGAAGAGCACAAGUACUGAUAUGCUAUAUUCAUUUCCUGUUUCAAAAUUACUUCUAAGCCAUGAUAAUCUCAAUCCGUCUCGACGUGAUGAUACUGAUCUUGGCCUUCGCAUAACAGGUGGGCAUUCUAUACCGAAUUGUGUAGAAGUAACGGCACGUAUUGAACAUAUUGAUACUCAUCAUCGAAAUUACGAUAUAUUAAAGAAUGCCGUUCAAGAAGGUGAUGAAGUUCUGGAAGUUGGUGGAGUAUCUUUACGUGGUAAAAGUGCGUUAUUCGUUCAAAAACUGAUGAAUUCCAUUCAAAGUGAAUUUGAAAUCGUUGUUCGGAGCAAACACAUCGUGCCACCGAUUUCAUCUCCGAUUGAACUUCAUAAGACAGAGCAUAGAAAAUCAUCAAAACAUUCCACAACUAAACUACCCAUGUCACACAACUCGCUUAUGGUUGAUAAUAGUAUGCAGCGAAGACAUUCCAUGGAUGCAUCCCAACUUUCUCCCAACAGCUUGAAUACUAAUAACACAGUCGUCAAAUCUCAAUCAACAAUGAUGUCCUUAGGAAUAGACGAUACAAAUCCCAUCGAUGAUCGACUACUUUCCAUGGACAACCCUCGAAAGAAGAAUGUUUCGUCAAAAGAACGUCUCUUCUCCGUUGAAUCGCUUCAUCGUAUCGCAGCAGCAAAGUCCGCUGAACAAUCAAUAAAAAUUCCUGCACAAACCUCCACUCCAAAGCGUACUGACGGCGAUAUAUAUAAUUCAUUUGAACAGGAACGAAAGCAACCAGCAAGAAGAUCACAUGAAAAAGAAGUAACACCUCUGGUAAAACAAACAUCAUUAAACGCAGCAACAUCUGAAAAUAAAUAUAUGAAUGAUGAUGCAAUAAGUUUCAAUCAAUCAUCGCAACGACCUCGACAGUAUGAACAUCGAAAUAGUCUUCUACCAAAUGAUCCCGGCUUGAACGGAGCUGGUAGUAAUCAGAAUAUUUUCCGACAGAAUUCAAAUGAAUCUGACGAGAGUGAUAAUCUUUCCCAGUAUUUUCUAUCGCCAUCAAGUCGAAAAAAUAGUCUUCUACCAAACAAUGGCACGACAACGACAGAUUUCCCUCACGAGCACAAAUCAAGUGUUACAUCGACUGAUAGUGCAGUUGCAACAGAUGCGUCACGUCGUUUACAACAAUUCAUCCGAACGUCGGAAGACAUUCGACAACCCAGAAGCUCAAUCGGUGAUGCGUCAAUGGCUUUCAAGAAACCCGAAGGAAGAAAAUCAUCGUCGACGGCAUUUGGCUCGUUCAAGUUCUCGAAGAAAAAGAAAGAUUCCCCGGAUACACCGAAUCUAUCGACUGAAUUACGUGAAACUGAUUAUGUAGGUGAUAUUGAACUACAGAUUGGACAUAGCAGCGAACGUGAACAGUUGGUUGUGCAAGUUAUUCAAGCCAAGAAUUUGCCUGCCAAAGAUACAAAUGGCUAUUCGGAUCCAUUUGUCAAAGUCUAUUUACUCCCCGGAAGAGAUCAAGAGAACAAACGUCGAACGAAACAUGUUCCGAAAAAUCUAAAUCCUGUUUGGGAUCAUACAGUCGUUUAUGGAAACAUGCAUCGAGAAGAAUUGCAGUAUAAAAUGUUGGAAUUCACCGUUUGGGAUUACGAUCGUUUCAAAGCGAAUGAUUUCAUCGGACAAGUCACUAUUGAUCUCAAAGACGCAAGAGUCAUUGAUGAUAAACCACACUGGUAUCGUUUGCAAGCAUUGCGUUCACGAGAAGAAAUCUCCAAUCGUGGCUCGUCGCCACGUUUAUUCAAGAUGACAUCGACUGAUUCAGCUGCAUCGUCAUCAUCCGUAUUUACAAAAAACAAUGUUAACGCACAAGCUCAGAGCGGUCAACGGAAAUAG